GUAUGCGGCGGAUUUUAUACCUAAAACACGAAGCUAGUUGCGCCACGAUCACGGAGGCAACGAGUUAUCUCGUGCAUUACUAUCGUAUACGGAAAAACAUUUCGAAUAUUGUGCUUUUGUGAAUAUUUUUAAAGAAAAUCAGCAUUUAUAUGACAAAGGCGGCAAAGCCUAGGAGAAGGCCUAGGUCACGCUAUACCUACUCAUAGUCCAAAACCCGAAAAAUUCUGGAAUCAUAAAUAUGGAUGCGAAAUUCCUUUACGUCUUCAUAACACUUUUAGUAAAUGUAAUUGGUGAUAAUGAUUCAGGAUGGGCGUUUGUUGGUAAUCCACUACUAGCUGCUUAUCCCUGUAAUGAUUCAACAGAUAUAACUAUUUCUUUUGAACCAGGACUGCCUCCAGAAGAGGAAAAUACUUACUUUGUCAAUAUAAGGAAGAAAUUUCCCUCAUCCAGCAAAAUAGUAUUAAAAUUUGACACAGAAGCGAGCGUUACAUUGUUUGAUGCAAGUUUUGCAAGAAUAACUGCAAGUAAAUAUGAAAGCAAUACAUUCAAUAUACAUUUUUACAAGCCAAGUAAUCAUAUUAGUUUUACUGUCAAAGGUUUGAGACAAGGAACAGUUCCUUACUUUAAAAGUGUCAAUAUUAAUACUCAAGAAUACUGCAAUAAACCUCUUGUGGGAUACUUAGAUCGGUACAUAGAAGGUCACCGUGGUCACGCUGAAAGUCCAAUUACAGGACCAAUGACGAAUUGUGGAAGACGUAAAAUAGAACACACUGAGCUGAUUGUCAGCGGGGCACCAACGAAACCUGGAGACUGGCCAUGGCAUGUAGCUUUAUAUAAACUCGACCGUUCAUCUAUAAAAUACAUUUGCGGUGGCACCCUGAUCUCUGAGCACUUCGUAUUGACAGCUGCACAUUGUGCGACUUCGAGAGGCGUAAAGCUGUUACCAGAAGUACUGAGCGUCGUCCUUGGAAAAUUCAAUUUAAUCGGAGGCGAUGUUGGAACUCAAGAAAGAGAAGUUCAUCAAAUAAUCCUGCAUGACAAGUUUGACUACAGGCAUCUCGACCACGACAUUGCUUUGAUCAAAUUGAAAACAGAAGCUGUUUUUACUGAUUACGUCCAACCAGCCUGCUUAUGGUACGACAAAGCUCAGGAGAAAUUACCGACUAAUGAAGUUUUAGGCACUAUCGUGGGAUGGGGAUUCGAUAUUAGCGAUUCGUUAUCACAUCAGCUAAAUCAAGCUUCAAUGCCGAUUGUAUCAGAGAACACCUGCAUAAAGAGCAAUCCUCUCUUCUACGCAACUGUCCUCAACGAAAAUAAAUUCUGUGCUGGUUCUGGAAAUGGAACAUCUGCGUGUAAUGGUGAUAGUGGGAGCGCUUUCCAAGUAUUUGUACCAGAUGUAGCAAAGGAUACAAAUAAAACUAACGGAGCCUGGUUCGUUCGAGGCAUCGUCUCACUCACCGUGUCAAGGACCGACGUAGCGAUAUGUAAUCCGGAAUACUUUGUAGUGUUUACUGAUGUAGGAAAAUACAUACAUUGGAUAAAUAAAUAUAUCUAAAUAUUAAGUCAUGAAUCAAUUAAUAUGAUUUUGGAAGUAAAUAUUAAAUUCAAAUGCUCUUAAGGAGAAAAUUAAAAAAUUGUAGUGCAAAAAUUGUAAAAUUUUCUUUUAUUUUGUGCAAAUUAAAUCGAGUUCAAAGUCAAAAAUAAAAUAUUAAAUGUAAACUACAUCAUAUUUGGUUGUGAGUUGUGUUUGAUCAAACACAUAAAAGAAUAAAAUUUCUCUACAUAAAAUAGUCACGAAAUGCCCUGUACUCUUUACAUUUUUUUGAUUUGCGGUCAUAAUACUUUUAAUUAUUGAAAAAAAAAACUUGGAUAGUCCAUAAUAAAUCUGCUUUUAGAG